AUGGAGGCCCUCUCAGCAGCACCUUGCUACUCUCUAGCUUGGAAAGACUGGCGGAAUACCUCCACAGGUACAUGCGCGGGCAUUAAAUGGCUUCAUCCUCGCUCCAGCCGGGGUCCUGGGCACCCUGCACUUUGCCAGAAGGGAGUGGAAGCAAGCCGCCUAGGGCUUGGGACCUCAAUCAGAGCUUUCGUGCACUCCAAGGAUCCCUUCAGCAACACUGAUAGCCAGCCUGUGGCAGCGACAGCCCCAGAGCCAUCGCGUGGCGAGUCUCUCGGUUUCUUCGCAUCUCCCCAGGCCCGGCACGUAGGCUCCGUCGGCCGCUCCGUGAUCGGAGACGACAGCCAGGACUGGGCCAUUGUCAAAGGGGAGUGUGCCAGCGUUAACUCCCGCGUGCAAGGCAUGAUCUACGAGAGGCUGUCAAGCAUCUUGCAGCCUCGCGCUGUUCGGCUCAUUCUCGUCUGGUUGGACAGAUGCACGAACAACGUGCUCUAUCUGCCCUACGACGGCUUCGACAGCAUUCAGAUCAAGGUCUUCCUGCCUGAUGGGGCGAUCACGGCCUUCACCCUCUCUAUGGCUCUUGCCAAUGAUGCGAGCGUUCCCGCACACCCAGACCUAGUGAACCCUACCUGCAUCGGUGCCAUGGAAGACAGGGGACCUGUCUGGUAUGGCCGCUGGGGAACUUGGGGGGAUUCCGAGACCGUGUGCUUGCUGGCACCUGUGGUCGCUGUUCUGGAGGCAAGCUUCGCAGAGCCUCGCUUCGAGGAUGAAGAGCGCUGGGCGAGGCUGUUGGAGGCGGCUGGGGCUGCCCUGCAGUCCGACAUGGCCGGAACAUGCGUCCUGGCGGCCGUCCAUUGGAAGCCGGUCUGGCUGACGACACGCCAGCGGCUGCUGCAUGCCCACAUCAUCGGCAAUCUGUCUGCUUGCGAGGCGGUGCGGCGCACGCUUUGGUCUGGUAAGCGUGGGCUGCUAGAGGAUCAGGCAUGGGCAAGCUGGAGCUCGACAUUCGACACAGCGGACCUGAGCCCAGAGAAGAAGCACGGCAGGGCUCGGCUGGCUGCCCUGCGUCUUUGGGAGCGAGAGCCGAGCCCGGGCUUGGCCCUGGAGCUACCGGUUCGCUGGGUGCCCCAAGGCAUGGUUGAAGAUGCCGCCAACCCCGUGUCAGCGCUUCGCCCCGGAUGCCACUGGCAGCGGUUCUUCGAACUCUUUGGAGAGCUCUUAAUCCUCGAGCGUGUGCUUCGAGAUUCGGGGCGCAUUGUGCUCCUGGCGCUCUUCGAACGGGCCUCUGCAGCUCUCGCAAUGUACGAGACUCUGGCAGGGCGCUGCCUGUACUGGCCGUGUCAAGCACGGACUCCCACCUUCCCAGCGAUCUGCACCCUGCGGGACUACGACGUCCUUAAGGCGCAGCUGUGCCGAGGAGAGCCGGUUCAGGACGACGAGGCAGCCUACAUCCUCCGCCGGCUGGAUGGGGAGAUGGCUCUGGAGUGGCCGAACCCCGUUCCCCCAGAGGUGCUGCUUAUCACGACGAACUCGCCCGCAGUGGUCUGUGGCCGCGAUGGCCCCGUGGCACUGCGUUUGGCGCACGUGUCCAAGGCUCAUGCCGUCCUCCGCCUGUUCAGAGACACAUCUUCUGUCCCGGCUUCGUGGAAAUUGACUGUCCAAGACACAUCGAGCAACGGAACCUGGGUCAAUGGUAUCAAGCUCAAGCCGAAGACCCAGCAGGAGCUGAAACUGCAUGACCAGGUUUGCUUCGUGCCACCGGCGCCGAAUGUUCGUCAGUUGAUCUACCAGGUGAUGCCUGGCAGCGUGCUCCUGCGGCCGCCGGCCCCGGCUCUGGUUCCACUGACGACCUCGGCCCCCGGCGUAUUGCAGCCUCCACAGUCUCCAGAAAGUAUGCCCAAGAAGCGACCGAGACUCCAGGAUGACUCGCUCUCCUCUUGGUUGGUGUCUCUUGGAGAUCCAGCAGUCCUUCGAUACGAGCACCAGCUGUGCAAGAUGGUUCCUGCAGCGUCAGAGCUCCGAGACGCUUAUGCCUACAACAUCAGUGGGUUUCUGGCCGAGCUCGGCGUGCAGGAGGAGCACAAAGCCACGUUCAGGCCUCUUCGGCCGAUUUCGGCAUCUCCCUAUAUAUAUAUAUAG